AUGUCUGACUCUCGACCGACGAGGCGACGACCAGGCAGCCCCCAAACUCCGAAACCCAGGCCAGAAAGAGACCGUCAAAGGCGACGACGGCUCGUCCUUCCCUCCGCGACUCGACAUCUGUUUCCUCCUUCCCUGUCUAUCGCGUGCCUCCACUGUCUGUCGGUCGUCGAUCUGCUCUGCGACGUCGAAGCCGCACUCGCUGUCCCUCUGCAGCCAGUGCCGCCCUCGCCACCUCCUCCCUGUGCCUCUUCAGCCUCUCCCUUCACUCCGCCACCGCCCCCUCACUAG